GGUCAUCCCAGAGCAUCAUGUGGCCACAGCUCCUUUUUAAAGAUAAGUGCUCUUCUCCUGGAGCUCAUGAUAUUCUCCAGUCCUGCAUUUCUGUUUGAACCUGUGGAAGGCAUCUUUCUAGCCUGACAAAAUGUGCGACCACUUUGUGGGCACCUGGAAGCUCCUUUCUAGUGAAAACUUUGAGGACUAUAUGAAGGAACUGGGUGUGGGGUUUGCUACCAGGAAGAUGGCUGGUGUGGCCAAGCCUAAUAUAACUAUCAGCAUCAAUGGUGAUGUGAUAACCAUCAAAACAGAAAGCACCUUCAAAAAUACAGAGGUGUCUUUCAAGCUGGGUGAAGAGUUUGAUGAGACCACAGCAGAUGACAGAAAAACAAAGAAUGUCAUAACCCUAGAGAACGGUGUGCUGAAGCAGGUGCAGAAGUGGGAUGGAAAAGAGACUAUCAUAAAGAGAAAAGUGGUGGAUGGGAACCUGGUGGUGGAAUGCACCAUGAAUAAUGUUUCCUGCAAAAGAACUUAUGAAAAAGCAUGAAGAAACCACCUUCACCCAGGACUAAUGCUUAAAGCUGGAGUAAAACAACUAAACCAAAGGAGAAAAGCCCCACAAAUGUGUUUUAAAGAGAACUGUACUUUUUUUCAGAUAUAUCCCAAAGCAGUUACAUGCAUUUAGUCUAAUUUGUUGUGCCUAUCCAAUAAAAUAUUCUGCUUUCUACAA